UGCAGUAACGGAAGAGAACUGCGCAAUCGCUGAAAUUCCCUCCGUCCGGCAUUAUUGAAGCAGCAACCGGACAGAGUGGACGCCAGAAACUCGAAAUAUACCGCGUCAGUUUACGAAUUUAUAUACAGUGAGAUUUUUGUAAAUAUAUAAUAAGAAUUAUUUCACAUAAAAUACAAUGAGCAAAUCAAAGGAAUCGUCAGCUACAGAAGGAGAAGCAGAAGAAGAAUUCAGUGUUGAAAAGGUUCUUGAUAGAAGAGUUGUAAAAGGAAAGGUAGAAUAUUUUCUUAAAUGGAAGGGGUAUUCCAAUGAUGAAAACACAUGGGAACCUGAAGAAAACCUCGAUUGUCCCGAUUUAAUAGCACAAUUUGAGGAACAGCGAAAAAAGAAAGAAGCAGCAGCUUCUGGUAAAAGACACGAAGAAAAGGAACAAAAAAAGAGGAAGAGUUCCAGCACUCCUACACCAACACAAGCGAAGAAAAAAGCAACUGAAGAAAAGAAACCAGAAGCUUUUAUUGUAGGAUUUGACAGAAACUUAGACCCUGAACGUAUUAUCGGAGCAACAGAUUCAAGCGGGGAACUCAUGUUUUUAAUGAAAUGGAAAGGCACAGACGAUGCCGAUUUAGUACCUGCUCGUGUUGCCAACGAAAAAUGCCCCCAAAUAGUAAUUAAGUUUUAUGAAGAACGCCUAACAUGGCACAGUCCAGCUCACGAUGAAGAAAGUUCAGCGAAACCUGACCAAGAGUAGCAUUUAGUAUUACAGUAUAUGUACACAGCACGCUUUAGAAUUUGUCGCAUAUAACGACAAAUUAUAAUGCGUGGUUUUUUGUAAAUUAUCUUUGAAAUAUAUUAAUGUUGCACUGUGAGAAUAACAAAGUCAAACAAUUUUUUACUAAUAGUAUGUUAAGUGGUUAAAUUAAAAAUACUUGCACAUCUAUCAUGACUUUGCAACAUAUUACAGUCAUAUUAUUCAAUCAAAAAUGUAAUAGUAUAUAUGGCAGUCUAAAAUUAAGAAUGAUUUUACUUAUUUUACUAAAAAAAGAAAAAUAUUUACAGUGCAUUAAUAAAGCGUACUAUUUUACUUCAUUAUACAUAAAAUUAACAUUGUUAUGUUAAAGCAAAAAAAGAAAGCUUAAUUGUCACUGUUAUUUCUUUUUUUACUAAAUUUUUUAUUUUCUUGUAAUAUUAUGUAAAGAAAUAAAACAUGUUUUAUGUUCAAAUGAUUACAAUUAUAAUUAAUAAUAGUACAACGAGAUCUUAUUUUAAAAAAUAUUGAAUAUAUGCUUUAUCAUUUACGAGCAUACAUCUAUUUAAUCAUAUCAAUACUUUACAAAAAUAAGAUAUCUUGUUCUGAUAAAACAACUUGGUCAAACUUAAAAACUUACAAAAUAUACAAAAAUGAAUAUAAUGAUUGUUACUAUCGUUUAAUCUUUUUAUUGUUUUUAUUGUUCAAUAUUUUGACGUGUUUCCGUUUUUUUCUGUCAAAAGAUCUAGUUAGUUUUUGAUUCCUUUUUGUUUCCCAAUCUAUUUGUUUAGAAGUAGCACCAUCCAUUGUAUUCAAUGCAUUUGUACUACCAUGUUUAUUUUUCGUUCGACUUUGUUCUUCCAACAUUUGUGAAAAUUUUUCAGCGGAUACAAAUAUAUCGUUUAGAUUCUUUU